ACCUGAAAGAGCGACAGUGAAAAAGAAAACCGAAGAACGUCAAGUGAACGCAAAAUUCCUCUGGUGUGCAAAUUUAAUUAAACUUUUGUUAUUGUAAAUAAUGUACUUUAUUUAGUUAAGAAGGGUGAUUUCACAGUGGUUCCUAGUAAAAUUCAUUGAUACCGUAGUUUAAGGCAAAACGUAGUGAUUACUUGAGAGAACAGCAGCAUUUAUAGGUCGAUGGUCUGAAUUGGUUUGUUUUGAUUUUAAAGUCGUCUACCAAUCAUCACAGAAAUCUAGUCAUUUUAUUCCGGUUCCUGAUUCCUACGGUGGUAAUCUAUGGCAGUGCAGAGGAGUAGCAUGACCGACGCUCUUCCACCGUUUGUGACUGAAAUCGACAUCAAUGAAAUCGAAACUAUUGGGACUGUGGGUAAAGGAUCUUUCGGAAUUGUCAUCAAAGCCAAAUGGAAGAACAAUUUUGUAGCCGUAAAGUACAUUGAAGUCGAGGCAGAUCGCGAUGCAUUUAUCACAGAAGUAUGCCAGUUAUCCCGGGUGGCCCACCCAAACAUCAUCGGGCUGUACGGAGCCUGUACGAAGCGGCCGACUGUCUGCCUGGUGAUGGAAUACGCCGAUGGAGGAUCGUUGCACACGGCCUUACAUUGCCGGCCGAAGCCGUAUUACACUGCUGCACAUGCGAUGAGCUGGGCAAGACAGUGCGCUGAGGGCGUGGCAUAUCUACACGACAUGACCCCGAAAGCUAUGAUUCAUCGAGACCUGAAACCACCAAACUUACUGUUAGUCAGAAACGGAACAGUUCUCAAAAUUUGCGACUUCGGUACCGUAACCGACAAGUCCACCAGGAUGACCAACAACAAGGGUAGUGCCGCUUGGAUGGCCCCGGAGGUGUUCGAAGGCUCGACGUACACAGAAAAAUGCGACGUUUUCAGCUGGGGAAUUAUUCUGUGGGAAGUGAUAGCCCGAGAGCAACCUUUCAAGAGCAUGGAAAACCCGUACGCAAUUAUGUGGAAAGUUCACCAGGGCAGUCGGCCACCGUUAAUCGAUGGAUGUCCGAAGCCUAUUGAACAUUUGAUGAUUAGCUGUUGGAAUCAAGAGCCGGGGAAUAGACCGUCCAUGCAGCAUGUGGUUGAGCAGAUGAACCAGUUGUGUAAGUUUUUCCCUGGAGAACAUGAGCCGAUAGUGUAUCCGGACGUUGCUGAUGAUGAUGAGGAGUCUUCAUACAGCCAUGAUGACAGCACCCUAGACACAAAUCAUCACGGGACCGGUUCUAGUUUUGGAUCUACAUUCUACGGUCGAAAUCAUGGUACGAUAACGUCGCAUAACACCACAAAUACAAACGCACCGGUCGCAACCAGCACUAACUCAUCACGGUUUGCCGGCUAUCGCACGAAUGAACUACGCGCUUCGGCGAGAAAUGCUUAUUCCAGAGGAUCCGACUACGGGCGGUAUCAGAUAGGCAAUGAUGCCCUGGGAAGCAGUCACUAUACGAGAAAUGCUCGCCCACCAAUGGGUGGCUAUGUGGCACCGGAUUAUAGCUACCGGAGCACUGCUCUUCGACGGAACCGGGGCAGGUCACCACCACCACCACACACGACAGACCAUGCAGUGAACGAUGCUUCGCCGCUGUUUAACCGUUUGAACAGUCAACUGAGUGUUGCUAUUGAUCCGUCAAUGACCUGGAAGGAUGUACAUACGGGAGAACCUCUACGAGAUCUGGUAGAUAGUUCAUCAAACAACCAAGGAACAGAAAGACUGGUUGUAACCAGGCGAAACAAUGCAUCAAUCGAUAACAGCCUUCCGUGUGCCACAGCGGCAAAUACCAACAUAGCUACUAGCAAGUUAAGUGCGGGCAGCGCAAACUUCAGCACUUCCAGCCAUAUAAGCAACCCUUCCGGUGGCAUUACCGUCAACAGUAUCGAUGCUGUCGCUGGAAUGACACGUCCCGUAUCUUCCACAACCAACGCGGAAGCAGAUCUGGAUUACAAGUCACUUAACAGUAUUCUUGACGACAAUCUGCGACCGCUGACGCCUAUUCCGGGAAAUUCACGAUCAGAGCAAAUUCACGAUGACCACAAGAAACUUGUGCAGGAGUAUUGGGAGAUCCAAACACAAAUUGUUACCAGUCAAGCUCUUCGUGAUAACCUUCAAGCUAACAUGCCUGCGGAAGAACUUCGGUUGAAGAAGGAAUAUUUGAAAAAGUUGGAAGAGAAGGAAGCAUUGAUGAAGUUUAAAGCCACUCUUCAGCAACAAUUGGACGAACGGAGGCGGCAAGCCAGCAGUGCCCAGGUACACACUCCUACUGCGGUACGGAUACAGCAAAACCAGCACCAACAGUCGGGGGCACCUGGCUCCCCGGCGAGGCAUUUCCAAAGACAAGAUUCCUCCGGCGAUUCCACUUGGGUGAUGAUCAACCGGACGGACAUUGAUCAGGAUCAAACGCAUUCGGAUGCCAGCGGUGGCAACAAUCCCAGUUGAACAGUGCCAGGCUGCAUGCUACCAGCGAAUAUCCUUCAUUGUGAGAUCAAUGCACGAACAGUGUGUACUGCCUUGUGGGUGUGAAGUGCCUGUUCAAAUAAACGAGUGCCAAAAAAUGGGAAUAAUUUCCCAAAAUAUUCGAAACGAAUUCAAACUCAAGUGAUUUCAAACAUAAUGUUUGAGCUAUGUUACUUAUUUUAUUUCGUAUAUAUUCUAUUAGUUUUAAUAAAAGUUUAACCAUGUGUCAAAUAAAAUAUCAUUUAGAUGUA